AUGGAAUUUGCUUGUUGCAACAAAACUACAUGUGAAGCUCACGAUCCUCUUAUUUGUACACGUUGUGAACGAAACUUCCACGUCGCUUGUGCGCUGCCAUCUAAAUCACUAAUUUGGGAGCCCGAUGAAAGCAUAAGACUAAUGUGGAGGUGCCCCUCCUGUGGCAGCGCCUCUCCUCGUAACAAUAAAGACGAUACUCCUUGCCGUAAUGUUACAAAGCGCUCUCAGCCAAAGAGUGACAAGGCUACAACGAGUAUUGUAGACAAAUCCGCUAAGUCAAACCAAAAACCUUUAAGUCUUGCACAGAUUACGGUGGAGGAGAUACGGUCUAUAAUUACAUCUGAGAUUAAAGAUGCCCUGUCGUCAUUUCAAAAAUCUUUCGAUGAUCUUCGAAUAGAAAUAUCUUCACUACGCAGUUCUGUGCAGUUUCUAAGCGACAGAUAUGAUAGUGUCACAAAAAAGAUGGAAUCUAUUGAAGCGAAAAUGAAAACAAUUGAAGCUAGUAGAUCGGAAUGCUUAAACUUGCAAGGAGCCGUGUCCGCACUUCAGAACGAUAUUAAUAAAAAGGAGCAAUGGGCGCGACGUUUAAACAUUGAGAUAAUCGAUAUUGACUUUAUCACUAGAGUCACUCCAAAGCAUAACGAUUCAAAAAAAUCUAGACCUAUUAUAAUUCGUUUCCUGUCUCGAUAUAAAAAGGACGACUUUCUGGCUAGAUUGAGGGAAAAGAAGAAUUUAAAGUGUUGUGAUAUCGGAUAUGUAGCAGCUGGCAAUAAUGAGCCACAGUUGGAGCAAUUUAGGGUGCAUCCUUCCACCAUCAAUAUAUUAUUAUGUGUAAUUGUGCUGGUCAUAUGUGUGGGAGCGAUAUAUUGCGGUUAUCGAACGUAUAAGCGGUGCCUCAUGAAGUGGAUAUCAUCGGAGAUAACCCGGAAUACGUUGCGGAGGUCUUUAUUCCGUCAGUUCCAGCAGCCCGUUCUUCCCAUGGCCGCAUCAGACGAGGCCUAUCAGCCAGGCCAAGCCCUAUUCUCCAAGGCGAAAGUG